CACGCUUAACGAUAAUUUUAUGCGCAUAUCGACAAACGUUUAAACUGAGAAACACUUUUCAACUCUGUUACAGACUAUUGGUAACGAGCAGAAGGGUCAUGUCGAAACAGUUCAAUAGACUGCAAUUGCAGACGUCGGAAGACUCCUCCAGUCAUAUCAGCCAGAGGAGUCAGAGAGUUCCAGUUGAUAAACAUGGAUUACCAGAUGCUGGUAACCAAUCCAAUGAUCACUACAAAACAAGAUUGUCACCAUUACGAUAUAAAUUAAGAACUGCAUUAUUACCAUAUAUAAGAGCAGAGACAGCUAUAUUAUAUAAAUUACAAACAAAAUUAAGACAUCCUACGUUAGACUUUUACUUUGCGUGGACUGCUAAUUUAGCCAGUCAUACAUUUUAUGUAUUGAUGUUACCACCACCCCUUUGGUUUGGAGCUUCUAAAUUAGCUAGAGAUUUAGUAUAUGUUCUUGGAUUUGGAAUCUAUUUUACAGGAUUCUUAAAGGACUUUUUCUGUUUACCAAGACCAAGAUCACCUCCAUUACAUAGAAUUACCAUGUCAUCAUAUACUACUCAAGAGUAUGGAUUCCCAUCUUCACAUGCAGCCAAUGCUACGGCUGUCACAUUAAUACUAUUAGGUAAAUUAAUUGAAAUUAGAUCAGAUUUAAGUUUUCUAGUAUUCAAUACUCUGUUAGCAGGACUUCUUAUUUAUUACUUAUCAUUAAUAUUUGGAAGAUUAUAUUGUGGUAUGCAUGGAUUCCUCGAUAUAUUAAUUGGAUCAUGUGUAGGAAUCACUUGCUUUUCAUUCCGUCAAUUUUAUGGAAAUCAAUGGGAUGAUUUACUUUUUAAUAAUUCAUUAAAUAUAUUCAUUACUCCCAUAUUAAUUAUUAUGGGAUAUAUCUCAUUAAUUCAUUAUCAUUCAGAACCAAUUGAUGAUUGUCCUUGUUUCGAUGACUCUGUUGCAUUUGUGGGAGUUUUAAUUGGAUUAGAUUUAUCUCACUAUGUAGGUGUCAAGACUCAAUACUUAGCCGAAAGGAAUCCAUAUCAUGAUGCGGUAAUGAUUAAUUAUGAUUUUAAUAAAUUAGGAGUAAUUAAGAGUUUUAUAAGAUUUCUAAUGGGUGUAAUUUUGGUAGUGAUUUGGAAAGCCGUUUCUAAACCAAUUAUUUAUACUAUAUUACCACCAAUUUAUAAAUUCAUUGGGAUUUAUUUACCUAGACAUAAUUAUAUUCCUACAGCACUUACUACCAAUUCCAAUCGACAAAUUCGUUCAGCCUCUAUUUCCAAUGAUAAGAGUGGAAUUGGAGAUAUUAAUACAUUUUUGAAUGCAUUAACGGAUCAUGAGAAUGUAGAUGAAGUGGGUCCAGAAACUGAUAUAGAUUAUUAUGCUAUGCUUGAUUAUAAGAAAAACCAACAACAAAAGAACUACAGUAGUAGUAGUAGUAGCAGUAGUACUACUGCUACUAAUAAUAAAGGCAAUGGAUCUGUACCAGAAGAUGAUAUAACACUUAUGAAAACAAGUGGAGUAUUUAAACCUCGAUAUGAUGUAGAGAUCGUUGGCCGAUUAAUUGUCUACGCUGGAGUGGCCACUACAGCUGUUUGGGGGUUUGCACUCACUACCGAACUUAUUGGAUUAAACUAAUCUACAUUCUACAUUCUACAUUCUACAUUCUACAUUC